AUGACUUCUCCUGCUGCCCAACCACUUAUAUCCAUGGAGUGGCGGGUGACGGGGCACAUGGACAAUCUGCUCCUGCAAGAAAGAGCCUCCAGAGAAGAAGAGAGAAAAGAAAAAGAAGCAGAGAAGAAGGAAAAAGAAGCAGAGAGGAAGAAAAAAGAAGCAGAGAGGAAGGUAAAAGAAGCAGAGAGAAAAGCAAGAGAAGACGAGAGAAAGCGUGAGCUAGCCCUCAAGGAGAAGGAUCUCGAGAUGGAGAAGGCACGACAGGUAAGCGCCAAAGCCCUAGCCAUGCAGCCAGCUCCCAGCCCCACACCUAUGGUGUCGCACAGUCCAAUUGCGAGCAUUAAUGCUCUGAUACCGAAGUACAUGGAAAAUGAGCCGGAGGCAUGGCUGGAAGAAGUGGAAGCCCUAUUCGAAAACUAUGCUACCACUGAUAUAGAGAGGGCUGCCCUGCUUGCCAAGCACCUGGAUGCCAAGGCUAAGACUGCUCUCCACUCACUGGAUCAGGGUCAGCGAGGGGACAUGGUGGAAGUUUGCUGA